AUGAGCGAAGCAAAAGUGACGCCUGAAGAGAGCCAAGAAAAAGCAAACAGUGGAGAGAAUGAAGAGAAAAAGGUGAAAUUCAACAUUAUUAAGCAUAUCAGUACAGCUAUACUAAAUGGAGACAACUUUGCAAACAUUUUGGUCCCCGGAUCGGUUAUCACCGUUCCUAUACUCGUUGUUGAACUUUUCUACUACUUGAAAGCGAUGUGCGAGGAAAUUAGCUACGAUGAAAUCUACAUGCCCGGCGAGUUCGAAAGAGACACAGACGGUGCGAGUUCACGUCGACAGGCUACAAGCGUCACGGAAAACGUGAAGAAAGAGGAAGGCGGAGAUAGCAGUGCAGCAGUGGACGCCGCAAAGAGCAAGCCAUCUGCAUCGCAUCCGCCUAAUGAGAUAGUCGAAGAUGUGAUGCGUCAUGUGGAGACAGAUCCCCACGCAGAUCGCGCCGUAAGCGCAGACGCAGCCCAGCCAGAAAACGUGCUCGAAGUUCGAGCUCGUCAAGUCGAGGAACUUAUUGACGGAUUGUGCUUUACUCCUGAGGAUGAAUGCCCAUAUUCAUGUAAAAAAUGUCAUCGUGGUUUCUAUACAAUAAAGGAAUUGGCUGAGCAUGAGAUUAGAGCACAUGACAUGAAUGAAGAUAUCCUAAUGCGGUUUCCGUCACUAAACUAG